ACAGUGAUCAUGAUCAACGUCCUGAAUAAGAGACCAAAAUUGUGAACAAUUGGAGGGAAAAAAAAUAGAAAAGCAAGCCUGAUGACGUCAAACGACAAGUAGUUGAUGAAAAUUCCCUUUUAAAAUUCUUCAUAUGAGCAUAUAUUUAUAGAUUAACUAUUUAGUGACAGCUGUCAAGCAGUGAGGUAGUAUUAAUAAGGUGAAAUGAAGUGAUAACUAGCCUUUUAUCGACCUCAUGUUGUGUCUCUGAGACCACCAAACACUGUCGAUUUAAAUAAACACCACUAUCAAUUUUUUUUAUCAGUGCUGCUGCUGCUGAUGGUUAUCUAUAAAAUCAAAUAGAUUGUACAUACAUCAUCAGUUAGGUGUAAUAAAAACACAUUCAGAUUAGUAUAGAUAAUUUUUAUAAUACAUAAAGGAUGACAAUGGGAGAUGAUACACCAGUUACAUCACUUGUCCUCCCUGUGAUACUGCGACCAAUAUUAUCCAAGUUGGAAGCUCAAAAUAUCACAGCAGCUCAAACAUUAAGAUCUGCGUUAUCUAAAGCUGAAAGUAAUCAUCCAGGUAUUACGUAUGAUUUGGUAGUAGGUAUUGUUAGGAGAGCUGAUUUAAGCCUUGAUAUGAAUGCUAGUGUACUUCGUUUACAAGGUUUAGCUUCCGAUUGUGAUGCCAUAGAAUAUCGCUCAGCGAGAUCAGAAGAUGCAUUCCAGGAAUUAAAUCGUAAAUCUACAGCAUUAAAAAGAAUAUUAAGCAGGAUUCCAGAUGAAAUAACUGAUCGGAAAACAUUUUUAGAAACCAUCAAAGAAAUAGCGAGUGCAAUCAAAAAGUUAUUAGACGCUGUGAAUGAAGUAACGGCAUUCAUUCCUGGAACUGCUGGUAAACAGGCUUUAGAUCAACGCAAAAGAGAAUUUGUUAAAUACAGUAAACGUUUUAGUAAUACGUUAAAAGAAUACUUUAAGGAAGGACAAGCAAAAGCCGUUUUUAUAAGUGCGUUAUUUCUGAUUCGACAAACAAAUAUGAUAAUGGUCACUGUAAAAAAUAAAUGCGAAUAAAACAAUAAAUCUUCCGGGCUGUUACAGAAA